AUGGACAUAAAUAAUAAUAUUGACAAUAUUACAAAUAGUAAUAAUAAUAUUGAAAAAAAUAAUAAUAUUAAUAAUUUUGAUAAUAAUAAUAAUAAUAAUAAUAUUUUAUAUAUUAGUAGUAGUGAGAGCAAUAAUAAUAAUAAUAUUAAUAGUAGUAAUAGUAGUAGUAAUAAUACUAACAAUAGUAAUAAUAGUAGUAUUAGUAAUAAUAAUAAUAAUAAUAAUAAUAAUAAUAAUAAUAAUAAUAAUAUUUCCAUAGAAGGUAAUACAGCUAAUAAUAGUGAUAUAAAAGUUGGAACAAGUUUAACGAAUUCAAUUAAAAGCUUUAAGAAACUAUUUAAUAAUCAAAAGAGUAAUAAUAAUAACAAUAAUCUUCAAGUUAAUCAUUUUCAACAAUCACAAUCAUUACCACCAUCAUCAAAUACUUCGCCUACAUUUUCAUCAACAUCACCAAUUAUAAUCGUAUCGGAUAAUACAAAUAUUGAAUCUUUAGAUUUAGAAAUAAAUAGUAAUAAUAGUGGUAGUAUUGGUAGUAAUAAUAGUGGUGAUAAUAAUAAUAUAAAUAUGAAUUAUAAAUCAAAAUCCCUAUCAUUAAAUUAUUCAAUUUUAAGACCUUUAUGUGAUACUGAUAAUAUUAGUAAUAACAAUAAUAAUAAUAAUAAUAAUAGUAAUAAUAGUAAUAACAACAACAACAUGUCAUCCUCUGAUAAUAAUAAUAAUAGUAAUAGUAAUAAUACUACAAAUGGUGGUCAACUAAAAAGAAAUAAUAGUAGUAAUAAUAAUAAUAGAUAUAGUAUUGGUGGGCCAUUAAAAAUGUCAAAUUCAUCAGAUUUUAAUGAUUAUUUAUUAAAUAAUAAUAUUUUAUAUAAUAUUAAUCAACCUAAUCGUAAAACACCACCACCAAAUUUAAUGUCAGUUUUAAAGAAUAGUUUCACACAAUAUACACCACCUUCAACAACACUCACAUCACCAACAAGUACACGUAAUCCAAAUAGAUUAUCAACAAAUUUAUCAAAUGUAACAAAUAUAUCCUCUUCAACAUCAUCAUCUUCUUCAUCUUUAAAUGCUAAUAAUAAUACUAAUAAUAAUAAUCAACAAUUACAACAACAACAACAACAACAACAACAACAACAAUUACAGCAACAACAACAAUUAACAAAAUCAUACUCUGUUAGUAAUUUAAUGAGAUCACAAUCAUCAUCAUCAUCUUCACAAUCACCAUUAAUUCAACAAAGUGAUCAAGUUACAUUUGAUUAUGAUUAUAUUUAUAGAAGGUUCCUUAGAAGUAGAAGUGAAUUGACAUUACCAUCAUGGGACAAUGCACAAUAUGAAGGUGAUUUCGAUACUGAAAUCCAAGAUACUCUAACUAGAGCUUUAUCAAAUGGUAAUUUACCAAGUGAUAAUAAAAGACAAAGUUUACAUUUAUCAACUGAAUCAACUACAAGUAAUAAUAAUAACAAUAAUAAUAAUAAUAAUAAUAAUAAUAACAAUAAUAAUAAUAAUAAAUCAAAAACUGAUGAUACAACAAAUUCUGCUACAACUACAACAACAACCACUACAACUACAACAACAACAACUACAACCAAUUCAACAACAACAACAACACAAUUAAAUAAUGGUAAAAAUUUAAUUGGAUUAGUUUAUAAUGAUAAAGAUGAAGUUAUUGCAGGUGAAAGAGAUAAAAUUAUUGGAUUAUUUACAGAUAUUUCAAAAGUGACAGGUACACAAUUUUUAGAGGAAUUUUUAUUUACAUAUCAUUAUUAUAUGACAUCAGUUGAUUUAUUAGAGAAUUUAAAGGGUAGAUUUAAUAAUCCAUUAAUGGAUCAAGCAGCACAAUCAAUAUCAAUACUUGAAGAGAAUCAUGACAAAGUAAAGAUUGAGCAGCUUUCAACACAUAUUAGACUUCGUGUUAUUAAUGUAAUAAAGAAAUGGAUUGAAAAUCAUGGUUAUGCAUUCGCAACCGAUAUUAACCUGUAUCAAAUGUUGGUGGACUUUAUAGAUGGUGAUGUGAUGUCGUUCAGUCAAAGAUGGGGCCAAUAUUUGAAAAAGGCAAUCAAUGAUAGUGGCUGUCUAUUACGAUAUAUAGCUGUCAAUGUAAAAGAAGCAUCCUCCAAACAAUUGCGUGAAAUCAUCUCAUUGGAUAAUUUAGAUGCAAUCUCAAAAUUAAUGUCACAAUCAUUACAAUUGAAAGAACGUAAAAAAGGUUUAAAAGUUAUUAAAAAUUCAUUCACAGGUAAUGAAGCUGUAGAAUGGUUAAUUAAUAAAUUCAAUUUAGAUUCAAAAGAUGAAGCACUUGAAACUUUAUCAAAAAUGUUACAAUCAAAUUUAAUUUUUCAUCAUUCAAAAUCUGGUUCUUCAUUUUCUCCAUCCUCCUCCUCCUCCUCAACAACAACAACGACAACAACAUCAUCAUCAUCAUCGAGUUCGAAUACAACAACUGCAAAUAUGGCAUCAUCAUCUUCUGCAACCGAUAAUAGCAGCAGUGGUGGUGUUGUAACUUCUUCAUCAUCUUCUUCAUCAUCAUCAUCUUCUUCACCAUCAAAUGGAAAUGGUACAACAGCUAUAACGAGUACAAGUUUACCAAAUUCUAUAUCAUCAUCAAAUUCAACAUCAAUUUUAACAUCAUUAGUUGUAAAUAGUAAUAGUAGUGGAAUUGCUAAUGGUUCCUCAACUCCAUCAAUACCAUCAUCUGUAACAUCACCUUUAACAAAUUCAAAAUCGACUUUAAAUUCUACCCCUUCAUCAUCAUCAAAUUCUUUUACUUUUAAAGAUAAAUCAACAAGUAUCUAUUAUUUUAUAUUUGAAAAUAUUAAUUUUCCAGAACCAAUUGUACCAAAAACAUUUUUUUCAUCACCAAAUUCAACAUUUUCAAUUACAUUUUUAGAUAUUCAUCCAGUUGAAAUCGCUAGACAAUUGACAUUAAUUGAUUAUGAGUUAUUUAAAAAAUUAUCACCAACUGAUUUCUAUCAUACAGCAUGGAGUAAACCAGAUGCAAAAGAGAAAGUACCAAAUUUAAUCAAUUUUAUCAAUAGAUCCAAUACCGUUAGUUAUUGGGUUGCCACAGAGAUUUUAUCAUCUUCAAAUAUAAAACAUCGUGUUUCAGUUUUAAAAAGAUUCAUCACUAUCGCUGAAAUCCUUAGAAAAUUUCAUAAUUGGAAUACUCUCACUGGUAUUUUAAUGGGUUUAAAUUUAGGUUCAAUUCAACGUUUAAAGAAAACUUGGGAAUCUAUUGAUAAGAAACAAUUGGAUUCACUUCAAAAUUUAAUUAAUCUAACAAGUGAACGUUUAAAUUAUUCAAAUUAUCGUAAAGAAAUGUCAACUCCAACUUAUCCUUGUUUACCUUUUAUGGCUGUAUAUUUAAAAGAUUUAUAUUUUAUUGAAGAAAAUCCUGAUUAUUUAGAAAAUGGUUAUAUUAAUUUUGAAAAAAUGAAAAUGAUUUCUAAAGUUUUAAUUGAAAUUAAAAGAUAUCAAACUGAACAAUAUUGGUUAAAGAAAAUAGAUGCAAUUGAAAAUAUAUUGAAAUCAGUUGUUUUAACUGAUAAAGAUUUAUAUAAAGCUUCACAUAUGAUUGAACAACCUCAAAGAACAAUGACUGUUGGUUCAAAUUUAAAAGCUCAAUCAUUUUUAACAACAACAACAACAACUACCACUACAAAUAAUUUAAAUAAUAAUAAUAAUAAUAAUAAUCCAAAUAAUAAUAAUAAUAAUAAUAAUAAUAGCGCUAAUAAUAAAUCUUCACCAUCUCCAUCACCCUCCUCCUCUCCAAUUACUUCAUCACCAAUAUCAUCAUUAACAAUUAACAACAACAAUACGAUUUCAUCAAAUUUAUCAGCUUCAACUGAUAGUAGUAUAAAUACAAAAAAGAAAUCUUCUUUCUUAAUGUUUGGAAAGAAAUAA